GUUGAAGAGAGCUCAUCAAGGAAGAAUCACCCAAAAAGGAGCUAAAGUGCUAAAAGUGUGAAAUAAUUAAGGAACUUGUGAAAAGUAUUUCAAGUGAUUUCACAAAGUUGGAAAAGUCGCCGGAGUUGUCGCCGGAGUUGACCAAAAGUCGCCGGAGUUUCACCGGAGUUCAACCAAGAGGGGUAGAACUUCAUAACGCUAGUUCAAGGUUGAAGCUAGGGCUUGCUACCUGCACCUUCUUACGGGUGAUAUCAACUUCAGGGAGACGUGGUUCGUGCUUCCUUAUUUUCUUUCAAACUACCGAACACAUGCUCAUGGAUAUUUGUUCUACUAUAAACUAUUUUUGGGGCUUGCAUGCCCAUGUUGUUGGCCGGUUGUGGCUUAUGACUUACGGUUGAAUAUUUCCGCUAUUCAUUGGUUUAAAUGUGAUGUCGUUAUGUAUGUUUACUACUGAGUAUGGAUGAAUUAUAUUCUCGAACGCCUUGUGUAAUUAAGUGAGGUUGACUCGCGGGUGACGUCACUUGAUUAUACGGCGGUUGUACACGCGCUUGGAUUGCGGUCUGGGGCGUGACAUAAUCAGCCUCCUCCCUUACAUCUACCUUACUUGGCUGGGGAAACUAAGAUUGCAGCUGUGGACAGAUCAAUGCAGUAAAGGGAGAGCAUGAUUCAGCUUCUAAAGUUACAUUUGCAAAGAGCACAAAACAGGAUGAAUAUGUGGGCUGAUAAGAAGAGAUCAGAAAGAAUGUUUAAUAUUGGAGAUUGGGUAUGGUUGAAAUUGGAAUCCUACAGACAGACCAUAGUGGAAUACAGAUGGAAUGAUAAACUAGCCCCUAAGUUCUAUGGUCCUUUUCAAAUAAGCCAAACAGUGGGAAAAGUGGCUUAUCAGUUGAAGUUGCCAGCUGAAGCAAAGAUUCAUAAUACUUUCCAUGUUUCUCAAUUGAAGGAGUUCAAAGGAAUAUUGCCAGCUAAACCUCAUAUUCCUACUUGGUUACAUAAUAUAGAUAAGGAGAGCACUCUGAAGCCAUGGGCUGUGUUGGCAAGACAGAUGGUGAAGGCUCGGAAUCAAGCUAAGAUCAAAUUUCUCAUUCAAUAGCAAGGACAGGAGGAGCCAGAUGCUACCUGGGAGUGGGCUGAACACAUCAAGGAAAAAUUCCUAACAUUUUAUAGUCAAGUGACUUGAGGACAAGUCGAUUGUAAAGGGGGAGUAUUGAUACAGUUAGUUUUAAUUGGGAACUAGUUUAGCCGUAUUAUUUUCUGGAAUAAAUCGGUUUAGUUAGUUGAACAAGUUGUUAGCUAAUUAGAACCAUAUAUAGGAGGCUGGGAAUUGUAUAGGGAGGCUGUUAUCAAUCAAAUUCUCAUUACACAUCUUCUUUCCUUAUCUCUCUGUAAACUGCCCUUACAUUUCAUACAUUUCUCGAAUUCUCUUCUCCAUCUUAAUGAGAAUUCCUAGACUGUAUCAUUCUUUCAUCCGACCGAAGUUUCUUCCCCUUUCA